UCCGCAUGGAGCGGGUGUAGCUUGAGGAGUGGGCGGAAACCCCUCCUGAUGCGUUAGUUCCCAGGUGGAGCUGCAUGUGAUAUAUGUUGGGUAAAGGAGGAAAACGGAAGUUUGAUGAGCAUGAAGAUGGGCUGGAAGGCAAAAUCGUGUCUCCCUCUGAUGGUCCAUCUAAGGUGUCUUACACCUUACAGCGCCAGACUAUCUUCAACAUUUCCCUUAUGAAACUCUACAACCACAGGCCCCUGACAGAGCCUAGUUUGCAGAAGACUGUUUUAAUCAACAACAUGUUGAGGCGGAUCCAGGAGGAACUCAAACAGGAAGGCAGCCUGAGGCCGGUGUUUGCCCCCUCUUCUCAGCCCAGCGACUCGCUGGGUGACAGCUACCGAGAGGCCCCACCCACCUUCAGCCACCCCGCCUCCCUGCCCGCCCACCCCUGUGACCUCGGAAGCACUACUACCCUGGAGGCCUGCCUCACCCCGGCCUCUCUGCUUGAGGAUGACGAUGACACUUUUUGCACUGCCCAGGCUGCGCCUGUGGCGCCCACCAAACUGUCCCCUCCAGCUCUGGCUCUGGAAAAGGACAGCUUCUCCUCAGCCUUGGACGAGAUCGAGGAGCUCUGCCCCACAUCUACCUCCACAGAGGCCCCAGCAGCCGCCACUGACAGCUCGAAAGGGACCCCAAGUGAGCCCAGCACCCCGAAAUCCGAGGGACUCUCAGAGGGCCGGCCGGACGACUCGAAACUUAUAGAGUCUCUCCCCGGCAACUUCGAAAUCACCACCUCCACGGGCUUUCUGACGGACUUGACCCUGGAUGAUAUCCUGUUUGCUGACAUAGACACGUCCAUGUAUGAUUUUGACCCUUGCACGUCCGCAUCGGGGACAGCCUCCAAAAUGGCCCCGGUGUCGGCCGACGACCUCCUGAAGACUCUUGCCCCUUACAGCAGUCAGCCCGUUGCCCCAAGUCAGCCUUUCAAAAUGGACCUCACAGAACUGGACCACAUCAUGGAGGUGCUGGUGGGGUCCUAAGACCUGCGUGCCCACCCAGACCCCGCAAGUGCUCCCA